AUGCAUAGUAUUGAAAGUUAUCUCUUCAAUAUUUUUAUCACUAUCGCUAUUAUUUUUGUGGUUUCAAAUUGUCAAAAUGAAGAAGCAGACACAGAAAAUAGUAAAAUCGUAGAUAAAUGGUUUGUAGGUAAUGUAGAAGUUACUUGUAAUGGACAACCUCAAGAAAAUGUAAAUGUUUCAAUUUUUAAACUAUUGCAAAAUGAAAAAUUUAAUAGUUUGUAUGAUUAUAUUGUAUUGAAUAGUACUUUAACCGAUAAGAAAGGACUAGGACAAGUUACAGGACAUUGGACAAUACCACCUAAUUAUCCAAGUUGCAGAAUGUGUCUUUUUCAUAAUUGCCAACCUAAAACUAUCCAGAUAAAGAACAAUGUAGAUGGUUAUCAAUACAGUUAUUGUUUUUCUUUUGGUCAAUCAUAUAUAAAGAACACUUUAGAACAAGCCCAAAGUAAUGAUUUUGAUGAAGCUAUUGAAUUAACACUUCAAUCUUCCGCUGAUUAUGUUAAAACAUUACAAAAAUAUAUCGGCGACUGUCCAUCUAAAAAAAUAACAAAAUAA